AUCUUCCUCCCAAGAAGCUCUCCACUCUAAAACAAUAAACCCUAACAAGCAAAGCAAAGAAUUCCCAAUCCUCCUCCUAUACCCUCUCUACCUACAAUCCCUAUACACCUAUAUCUACACAUUUCCAUCACCUUCUCCCAAACUCCCCCUCCUCUCCCUUCCUUCCCUCCACCCUAGUCAAUCAAACCAUGGCUAUGGUGACAACCUCUUUUCACAAAUUCUCGGUUACCCAUAUGAUCCUCUCCCUCGUCCUGCUGUUCUCAUCAGACUAUGGAUCAUCGUUGGGGAUCAACUACGGCCAGGUAGCCAACAACCUGCCCCAGCCCGACGAGGUCCUCGACCUCCUGACCUCCCUCAGGCUCACCAAGGCCCGAAUCUACGACACCAACCCUCAGGUCCUGACCGCAUUCGCCAACUCACAAGUCGAGCUCAUCGUCACGGUCGAGAACCAGAUGCUCUCCACCCUGACCGACCCGCAACAGGCCCUCCAGUGGGUCACCACCCACAUCAAGCCCUACUUCCCCGCCACCCGCAUCACGGGCAUCGCCGUCGGCAACGAGAUAUUCACCGACGACGACGACACCCUCCUCAGCUACCUCGUCCCGGCCAUGGUCAGCAUCCACACCGCCCUAACACAGCUUGGAAUGGACCGUUACAUCUCCGUCUCGACCCCACACUCCUUAGCCGUACUCGACCAGUCCUACCCUCCUUCCGCCGGCAGCUUCAAAGCCGAGGUCUCCACCGUCAUGUCACAGUUCCUCCAGUUCCUCGCCGCCACCAAGGCUCCAUUUUGGAUCAAUGCCUACCCUUACUUUGCCUACAAGGACAGCCCCUCGAAAAUCCCGCUGGACUACGUCCUUUUCAACCCGAACCAAGGGAUGGUCGACCCGUACACCAAGCUCCACUACGACAACAUGUUGUACGCGCAGGUUGACGCCGUCAUCUUCGCCAUUGCCAAGAUGGGUUACGGCGGGAUCGAGGUGAGGGUCUCGGAGACCGGGUGGCCGUCAAGGGGUGACGGCGACGAGGUGGGGGCCAACGUGGAGAAUGCGGCGGCGUAUAACAAGAAUUUGCUGAGGAGACAGCUGGCGAACCAAGGGACGCCGCUGAGGCCCGGGAUGAGGGUCGAGGUUUAUCUUUUUGCGCUGUUCAACGAGGACAUGAAGCCUGGGCCCACCUCGGAGCGGAAUUAUGGGCUUUACCAGCCCGAUUGUACCAUGGUUUACAAUGUCGGGCUUUCCGGGAGGUCCAGUACUAACGCCGCCACGGCGUCGUCCACUUCGUCGUCCACUACUACUUCUUCUACGCCGUCGUCGUCGGCGGGGUCGUCUUCUUCCGCUUCCUUUUCUCUUUCGUCCUCCGCCACUCAGGCAGCAGCUACAAGUGGAUAUCAGCAGAGCUUGGUGUACUGGAUGUUUGUUUAUUUGCUCUUCUCCCAACUGAUCCGAAGACCAUAAAUAUAUAUAUAUAUAUAUAUACAUUACUUACUAGAGGCAAUAAUAUUGGAGCUCCCAUCGUCACCAUGGCCAUGCAUUGUAGAUAUCCAUUUUACCUCCAGUUGAAGAUCGAUGGAGACAUACCAUGCAAUAGCAUUACCACCCAUUCUUCUUUUGGGACGGCUGACAAGUUGCAUGCAUGACGUACGAGGAUUUCUACCAAUACGACGUAGGAGCUAGCUAGGGUGCUACCAUCAUUGACGACAGACAUUGAUACACAACUUCACCACCGCAUGCAAGACAAUGACAUAACCAACCAUAUAUAUAUAUUCAGUUAUAUCUGCGGCCUCGGGCUGGCUGAUGGUCAUCUCACGAUCGAGGAGGAAGCUCAUAUUAUGAUUUCCUUUUUGUUGAAGAGGGAGUACAAAAGAUUACGCGAUCGAGCGAGCGAGGCUAUAUAUAUAUAUAUAGAUAUAUUAUUAGAUGAUUAUUGAUUAUACUAUUGCUCUCAUGUACGUAUAUAUAUGUAAUUCAUCAUGUCAUUAAUGUAUGGAAGAUUGAUCGAUUUGUUGUUUAUGAUUAAUAUAAUGGAAGCCUC